UGCUCCGUCACUCCUCGCGCGGGCUUUCCUCGCCAAACCUUUGUCCAGAGGCGCUCGGAUUGCUAGUGCCCUGGCCGGUGCCGCGCGGGUCCACCUGCGCCCCGCAGCUGCCCGGGAGCCCCGCGCUGGCAGUGCAGCCCGGGCGCGCAGGAGGCAUCGCUGGGCGCUGCCAGGCUGACUCCGCGCCUGGCAGGCUGCAGGCGAGGCGCGCGGGCUGCCAGCACCCAACUGCCUGUUCCGGGGAAGACGCCGUCGGGGCCGCCCGGCGCGGAGUCCUGCAGUUAAUCCAGCUCAGGAGGUUCAAGAAAGUCCACCUGGCGAUUCAGUGGCGCCUCGCUUCCCCUGGGCCGCACCGCGUUCUGGAUGGAUGGCUGCUCGGAGCUCAUCGCCAUAGCCCGCUCUUCUUCCGUACUGAAGGAUUGACGCUGGCCUUGAGUAAUGAGAAGUUCGAAACCAUAUUUGAGAGGUACUUCCAUCCAGUGCUGCUUGUGUUUGCUUCUCAACAGUCACUUUCUAGCUGAGGCCGGCAUUCAUGUCUUCAUAUUCAGCUGUAUCAGUGCCGGACUUCCUAAAACAGAGGCCAACUGGCACUUUGUAAUGGACGAUUUGAAAGUAAUUAAAAAUCUUAUUCAAACUAUACACAUCGAUGCCACUUUGUAUACUGAAAGUAAUGUUCAUUCUGAUUGUAAAGUCACAGCAAUGAAAUGCUUCCUCUUGGAGUUCCAUGUUAUUUCACAUGAGUCUGACAAUAAGAACAUUAAAAAAACCGUGGAAAACCUGAUCAUCCUGGCAAACAGCAGCUUAUCUUCUGAUGGGAAUAUAGCAGAAUCUGGAUGCAAAGAAUGCGAGGAACUGGAGGAGAAAAAUAUUACAGAAUUUUUGCAGAGCUUUACCCAUAUCGUGCAGAUGUUCUACAAUUCAUCCUGAUUGCCAUCGACCCUCUUCAGUGUUUCUUUUAUUAACAAACAACUUCCUGCUGCUUGGAAGCACACCCCUCCCCCACCCCCCCAACACUGCGCAUUUCACCACGCUGCCCGAACAUGUUUGUCCAGCAAGGAGAAGGUGGGCAUCUUGGGUCGGCUGAACUCUUAGAAAUGAAGGCUGCAAAGUGUUGUCUGACGUCUAUGAACUGUCUACAGAGUUAUUUGUCUCUAAUUUAUUAUUGAAAUUGUACAUAUUUGUAUACUAUUCGAUGUUAAA